UUUAUUUAAUUAUGUUUGUUUGUUUGGCACAUGAGCGACAGCUGUCACUCUGGCCCAUCACACCCAAUUAGCAGCGACUUCCUGUCCUCUCCCUCACCCCACGUUGGCAGAUUAAAUCCAUUAUAGCGCACCUAUCGGCUGCGCACUUUGCCCUGCUGAAGGACGCCAUUCUCACACCCGAGACGGAUUGAUUUACAGAAAAGCUGAUAGUUUAGGGUGACUUCCAGAGCUUUGGGUAGCGUGUCAAUGAGUGUUUAGCUGGUGGGGAUGGCGGCCACCAGCAGCACCAGACUGACCCCCAGCCCCAACUUCCUGCAAGUCAACGAGCCCAAGCGCUAUGGAUCCACGCUGUCGCUGGAGGAAAAGUGUGAACAGUCUUUCUUCCUCUUUUACUACUACAGGAUGGAGGACGAGGCGGUGCUGGACCGAGGGGCGUCCUUACUCAAGCACAUCUGUGACGAGGAGGAGGUCGAAGGUCACCACACCGUUUACAUCGGCGUCCGUGUACCCAAGAGCUACCGGCGUCGGAGGCGUCACCGCCGGAGAACCGGCCACAAGGACAGGAAGGACAGGUUGACGGAGAACACCUCUGACAAGUCGGACACAGAAAACAACGAUGAGGCCAGCAACAGCAUCCUCAAACCUCUCAUCUCACCCGCAGCCGAGAGGAUCCGCUACAUCCUUGGGGAGGAGGACGAUGGACCUGCACCUCCACAACUCUUCACCGAGCUGGAUGAGCUGCUGUCGGUGGAUGGACAGGAGAUGGAGUGGAAGGAGACGGCCAGGUGGAUAAAGUUUGAGGAGAAAGUAGAGAAAGGUGGUGAGCGCUGGAGUAAACCCCACGUGGCCACGCUGUCCUUGCACAGCCUGUUUGAACUGAGGACAUGCAUCGAGAAAGGCACCAUCAUGCUGGACAUGGAAGCUUCCACUCUGCCACAGGUUGUUGAGUUGAUCACCGACAACCAGAUUGAGAACGGCCAGCUGAAAGCAGAUCUGAAGGAUAAAGUGAUGUACACGUUGCUACGGAAACAUCGCCACCAGACCAAGAAGUCCAACCUGCGAUCUUUAGCCGACAUCGGCAAGACGGUCUCCAGUGCAAGUAGGCUGUUUUCCAACCAGGAAACCGCCCGUAGUCCUCUUGACAACUCUGUGACUUGCCUGUCGGCUCGCAUAUCGAUGGAGGACUUGAACACCCAAAGGAGUACCAGCAUGGACUGGCUUAAUAGUCCGACCACAACGCAUCGGAACUUGACCUCCAGCAGCAUGAACGACAUCUCUGACAAACCAGAAAAAGACCAGCUGAGGAACAAGUUCAUGAAGAAGUUGCCCAGAGACGCAGAGGCCUCCAAUGUGCUGGUGGGGGAGGUGGACUUCUUAGACGCACCAUUUGUGGCGUUUGUUCGUCUGCAACAAGCUGUGAUGCUGGGAGCUCUGACGGAGGUUCCUGUUCCCACAAGAUUUUUAUUCAUCCUACUUGGACCAAAAGGCAAAGCCAAGUCGUACCAUGAGAUUGGCCGAGCGAUCGCCACAUUGAUGUCUGAUGAGAUUUUUCACGACAUUGCAUACAAAGCCAAGGACAGACAGGACCUGCUGGCUGGUAUUGACGAGUUUCUAGAUGAAGUGAUUGUGCUUCCUCCUGGAGAAUGGGACCCUACCAUCCGGAUAGAACCCCCCAAGUCUCUACCCUCCUCUGAUAAAAGGAAAAACAUGUAUUCAGGAGGAGACUCCCAGAUGAAUGGAGACAUGCCUCAUGACGGAGGACAUGGAGGAGGAGGAGGACACGCUGUAGGAGAUGAGCUUAAAAAGACCGGAAGGUUUUGUGGAGGUCUCAUACUUGACAUCAAAAGAAAAGCGCCUUUCUUCAUCAGUGACUUCACAGAUGCGCUUCACAUCCAGGCGCUGUCGGCCAUUUUGUUCAUUUAUUUGGGCACCGUGACCAACGCCAUCACCUUUGGGGGUCUGCUGGGUGACGCUACGGAAAACAUGCAGGGUGUGUUGGAGAGUUUCCUGGGCACUGCAAUUGCCGGUGGGGUCUUCUGCCUGCUGGCGGGUCAACCUCUCACCAUCCUCAGCAGCACCGGACCGGUACUGGUUUUUGAACGGCUGCUCUUCAACUUCAGCAGAGACAACAACUUCGACUACCUGGAGUUCCGUCUGUGGAUCGGCCUGUGGUCCGCCUUCCUCUGUCUGGUGCUUGUUGCCACGGACGCCAGCUUCUUGGUUCAGUAUUUCACCCGCUUCACAGAGGAGGGCUUCUCCUGUCUCAUCAGCUUCAUCUUCAUCUACGACGCCUUCAAGAAGAUGAUCAAGUUAGCGCACCACUACCCCAUCAACUCAGACUUUAAGAUGGACUACGUGACGCAGUACGACUGCCUCUGCAUGGCCCCCGCCGUCCUAGAAAAUACGACAGAUGUCCAAGCUGAUCCUUUAGAUGCGACAUCAGUCUGGAUCUGGAAUGGCACUGAUUUGCCCAUGAACGCCACCUGGUCGUCCCUCACACGUACAGAGUGUUUGAAGUACAAAGGAGAGCUUGUGGGAAAAUCCUGUGACUUCGUCCCCGACAUCACCCUCAUGUCCUUCAUCCUGUUCUUUGGUACUUACACCUGUUCUAUGUGUCUGAAGAAGUUCAAGACCAGCCCGUUCUUUCCCACCACUGUGAGGAAGCUCAUCAGUGAUUUCGCCAUCAUCCUGGCCAUCCUCAUCUUCUGUGGAGUCGACAUGCUCGUAGGAGUGGAUACUCCCAAACUCAUUGUGCCAAGUGAAUUUAAGCCAACAAGCCCUAAACGAGGCUGGUUCGUGCCCCCGUUUGGAGGAAACCCCUGGUGGGUUUACCUGGCGUCUGCUUUGCCCGCCCUGCUGGUGACCAUCCUGAUCUUCAUGGACCAGCAGAUCACCGCCGUCAUCGUCAACAGGAAAGAGCACAAGCUCAAGAAAGGGGCAGGUUACCAUCUGGAUCUGUUCUGGGUGGCUGUUCUGAUGGUGAUUUGCUCAUUCAUGGGUCUGCCAUGGUAUGUGGCUGCAACAGUGAUAUCUAUCGCUCACAUUGACAGUCUGAAGAUGGAAACGGAAACAUCAGCUCCAGGGGAACAGCCCAAAUUUCUGGGUGUGAGAGAGCAGAGGGUCACUGGUGUUACUGUGUUCAUCCUGACUGGACUGUCUGUGUUUAUGUCGCCCAUUUUAAAGUUCAUCCCCAUGCCUGUGCUGUACGGUGUCUUCCUGUACAUGGGAGUGGCUUCUCUCAAUGGAGUUCAGUUUAUGGACCGUAUCAAGCUGCUUCUGAUGCCAGCGAAGCAUCAACCAGACCUGAUUUACCUGCGGCACGUUCCCCUCAGGAAAGUCCACCUGUUCACCUUCAUCCAGGUCCUGUGCUUGGCUCUGCUCUGGAUCCUCAAGUCCACCGUGGCGGCCAUUAUUUUCCCUGUCAUGAUUCUGGCCCUGGUCGCCGUCAGAAAAGCGAUGGACUAUGUGUUUACUCAGCAUGACCUCAGCUUCCUGGAUGAUGUCAUCCCAGAGAAGGACAAGAAGAAGAAAGAAGAUGAGAAGAAGAAAAAGAAGAAGCGGGGCAGUAUAGACAGCGAUGCUGAAGACGAGAGAAGUCCCCUUCGUUCCUUGAGCGACACACGACGUGCUGAGCAGCUCCGCUACUACAAGGGCAACUACUUAUCCAGCCCUGAGAUGAGUCCGCUGAAGUCUGUGCCUCAGAUUAGAAUAGACAUGGACCCAGAUGAUGACAAUUCAUUGUACUGGAGGAGCAGAGGAUCGGAAACGUCUCUGUAGAGCGACUCAGCUGUAGCAGCCACAACACAACAUCCUCUGUCUGUUUAGUUUUCCUUUCAGUGAAACUCCCAAAUCCACCGUUCUAAGACUUCAAAGAAGAGUGGGUGAACAGAGCACAUAGACUUUGGGCUCUCGAUUAAUGACGUUCUGUUUAAACUACUCACUCCUUCCUUCACUGUUAUUUUUUUUUCUGUCUGUUCUGCUGUAAACAUCUGACUCAUUGACACACUGACCAUUGAUCUGAGUUUUUACUACUUGUCUAUGCAACUCCUCCCACAUACAGCUAAUGGAACACGCUGCAGCUCUCUGACCAUGCAUGGAGUACCGUCCCUGCUCUUUUUAUAUCAAUCUAUAUAAAUAUAAUCUGUCUGAAUUUUUAUAUCAGUUGAAAUACUCUAAUAACAUUUUCCUGUAGCAGGAAAGUGAUGUUUUUAUAGCUCUACCUCUUGUUUAGAUCAAAUGCUUACUAUGAACAAAUGCAACAUGUUGAUUUUUGAUGCAGCAUGGGGGUUUUGAUAUUUUCUUUCUUUCCUCUUGUAGAGUUGAUUCAAAGAGAUUUCUGUACUAUAGUUCGUGAAGGAAACGUGUGCAAAUAGAUAUUUAAUUAACAAUGAAUUAACACUGCAUAUUUGUAUAUGCAGAUAAAGUAAAUAUUUUUAUCAUCACUUUUUGAUGCAGUUUUGAUUGUUUCACCUUCUCUUUCUAAUUUCUUUCUAUCACAUUCAAAGCUUUUGUUACUUGUUUAAAUUAAGUCUUACAUUUCUUUAUCUUUUUUAAUGAUGUGUUUGUUUUCUCGUAACCUUUUUUUUAAAAUAUAUUUCUUUCUUUUUUUUUCCUUGUUCUUUUUUGUCUUUAAGAUUAGGAAACAGUUCUGUGAGAUGUAAUCAUCUAAUUUUCUUCAGCCAAACUUAAUCUCAAAGUAGGAAUGCAUAUCAUAAUGGCUUGUGCUGCACAAACUACUUUACCUAAGUGGCUUAUCAGAGAUCAAAUUCAAUUCAUCUUGUAAUGAUGAUGACAAGAUAAGAAGGGAAUAAAUGGAAGUGGGAUGUGUCCGUGUAGUUGGACAGUUUCCAUUUGUUUGUGUAUUAGCUGCUUUCCAUUUGCUGAAAUCUGAAGAUGGGGUCAUAUUGAGAUUUUUGUUUUCUAUUAUUAAAGCUCCACAGUUGUUUCAAGGAGUUAUUCUGCUAAUAUGAAGCUUAAGUGGGUAAUGCUGGGAUGAAACUGUGAGGGGUAUCGAUUAAUAACGGUUUAAAAGAUGGAAACUGACUUGACUGCUCUUUUAUGUAGAGCUAAACUUAAAUAAAUUAUACUUGCUGUGUGAAAGAGCACUCUGUCCACAACCUGGGAAACCUUUGGAGCAAUUUUUCUGCCAAUACCAAACAAAUAAAACCUGUUUUACAAAUGCCCUGAAAUUCACUGAUAAGCAGAUUGUCAUUUGUAAAUACAAACCACAAUUCAACUAUUGUGUUUGUUUAAAAAAUACAAAUAGUGAAAACAGUAAAUACAAAAUGUACUCGAAAAUAAAUUGACAACAUAUUUAUAUGUUUUUACUCACAGAUGCUGCAUGUCUUCCAAGUUCAUAUAUCCUAAUGAGAUAAAAAAAAAUUUUGACCAUGUUUAUGUUGACAAUGUUCUUACAAAUGUCCUGAGAAAUUAAGUGCACAUGUUACCUACACAGGCCAUAUCCUAUUAGAAAAUUACUAAUUACAUUUGCAAAAAAAACUUCCUUAAUGUUGCAGUAAAUGUCUAUUAUUUGUGCUAUUUUUUAAAGAGUAUGUAUACUUGUACAUAGUAUGUUUUUUCCUAACUAAACACUAAGGUAAAAGGUUCUGUUAAGACCAUUAGAAAUUGUAUGGCUUUUUUUUUCUUUGUGAAACAUGCAAAAAAUUAUUAUAAUCACAUUUAUGUCAGUCAUUUGUAAUAAAUAAAUAAACAAUGUUGCAUUUAAGUUUAGGCACAAAAUUAGCUCUAUAAAUUUAACUGAAAUUUUAUAAAUAAACAUGUCUUCCCCUGAUAGACAGCUGUGUUGAUGCUACAACAGUCUUAUACACGCUACAGUUAUUACUGUUGUCUAAGAAGAAAAAGAAAGAAGAGAAACCUGUAAGCAUUUGAAAAUCUACUUGAUGUAAUAUCAACCAUUAAAAUAGAUUAUCAUGUCAACAUGCCAAAGAUCAUGCAACAAUCACGACUGACUCUACGUUUUUAUCUACCAGAUGCAGAUCAACAGUGGUUCAUGGUUGAAAUAAUUCAUACAUGAUCAAACUGCAGAUUUUGGCAGUAGUUUGACCACUUUUGAUAUGUUUUUUCUGACAAAGCUUAAAAUCCUCUCACUGUUUAUUAGAAUUAUAUAAAAUUAAGUACACUUCCUGUCCAUCUGCAGGGAGGUAUAACUUCAGUGGUCAGCUUUACUUUGACUAACUGUUAAAUCCCAGUAUUACCUGUCUUUAUACAUUCCAAUUUAUACUAAAUAUCUCUCUACUGUGGUGCCAAAUCUGGGUCCCCCCCCAAAAAAUGGAGGAAAAAAAAUCAACUAAAAUUUGAAACUGAUAUUUCUCACAGAAGUCCUACAGUGUAUUCAACAUGAAAGUAUAGAAAAAGUAAAAUAGUGUGAAUAUGUAUUUGUCAUUUAUAUUUUGAUAUUGAAAUUGUUAGUUUUUAAAUUGCAUAUGUAUUCUGUUAUAUUCUAUACCAUGGUUUAAUUCUUUGUCCAAAUGUAUUUUGAAGUUUCAAAUGGAAAAAAGGGGGGGGAAAUUGGAUUUGCAAUUGAAAUUGUUUUAAAAAAUAAAUAAAUGUAAUGACCAAAAAAUACACAUAUUUAAAAUAUUUAGAGAACUGAAUAAAAACUACAUUUAAAGUAAACAAAAGUAAUUUUUUUGUUUAAUAUAGCUCAAAUUUCAAAUCUACAGGUUGGCAAAGCAGUAUUAAAUUUAAUCAAGCACAUGUUAUUUGCUAUUGGACUAAACUUUUGGCCCAGAUUUGGCUCCACAUAUUUGGUGGAAGCAGCCAAUCACAAACAGCAGAGUGAUGUGAACUUGACUUCUAUUGGCCAGUACAGCACAGAACACACCCACUUUCACUUCUAAAGGACACACUGAAGCACUUUCUCAGCUGGAUUUGACAGUACUGUGGAAGCUUUUGUUUUUUAUUUUAAUGUAAAACCAUAGACACAAAGCUAAACUGUAUGAUGUCUGAGCCGCCUUGUUCUUCUGUAAAUCAUGUACAUAAAGGCACGUUGGCUCAAACCAAAACCAACCCUCUCUUUGUACCAUCUGGGUCGCUGUGUUUUAUUUGUUUAUGUCCAUUUUGUUUGUUUCACCAAAACUAAUUGUCAUCUACACCACACAGCAGUGUUUAAAGCAACAACAAAAAAUUGGAAAUGAGUGAAUAUGAUGUCUGGAACUGAUCAUUAUGACAACUCAAAGCAUGUCAGACACAAAUCUACGAUAUGAAUAUCAACACUUAAGGUGUUCAAUUUAACAGACAAGUACUGAUACUUUUUUGAUUAACUUUUUGUGACUUUCUAGAUGAGGUGAAAUGGUUUAUUUUAGAAUUUAUAUUUUUCAAAUGAAAUGUAUAUUGAAAAUAAACGGAAUCAUUGAACAGUG